ACUUCAACUUCCGUUCGUGUCGAGACAUUGAGUUUGCAUUUUUUCGUGUGACUGGUGUGCCUGAAAAAGCCGAAUAAAAGAGCGUAAAAUAAGCGAGUAAAUUUUAAAUUUACAAUAGAUAAUCUUUAGUGAGCGUACUUGCUAAAGAUAUAUAGAGCAACGUUAUAAUGGUCGGAUCUCGAGUUUACGUGGGCGGUUUGCCGUACGGAGUACGCGAACGCGAUCUGGAGCGCUUCUUCAAAGGUUACGGUCGCACCCGCGACAUUCUCAUCAAGAAUGGAUACGGCUUCGUGGAAUUUGAAGAUUAUCGCGAUGCCGACGACGCAGUGUACGAGUUGAAUGGCAAAGAGCUGCUGGGCGAGCGUGUGGUUGUUGAACCCGCCCGGGGUACGGCUCGUGGCAGCAACCGUGACCGCUACGACGAUCGUUACGGGGGUCGGCGCGGUGGCGGCGGUCGCUACAACGACAAAAACAAAAAUUCCAGAUCAUCCUCUCGCUAUGGGCCGCCAUUGCGCACUGAGUACCGUCUGAUUGUGGAGAAUCUGUCGAGCCGCGUUAGCUGGCAGGAUCUGAAAGACUACAUGCGCCAGGCUGGCGAGGUCACCUAUGCCGAUGCCCAUAAGCAGCGUCGCAAUGAAGGCGUUGUGGAGUUUGCCUCGUUGUCAGACAUGAAGACUGCUAUUGAAAAGCUGGACGAUACCGAGCUCAAUGGCAGGCGCAUCCACUUGGUGGAGGAUCGUCGCGGCGGACGCAGCGGUGCUGGAGGCGGCAGCGGACGUGGUCGCUCCCGUUCGUCGAGCUCGCGUUCGCGAUCUCGCUCCCGCAGGCGGUCCCGCUCCCGUCGCUCUUCUCACUCGCGCUCCAAGUCGCGCAGUCGCUCCAAGUCCCGCACUGGACGCUCCAAGUCCAAGUCGCCGGUUAAGUCGCGUUCCCGUUCACGCUCGCGUUCCAACAAAUCGCGCGACGUUUCCAAGUCCAAGUCGAAGACCCACUCGCGCACCCGUUCCCGCUCUCCAAAGCGUGAGCGUGACACCCGUUCCCGAUCACGCUCCGCUUCAAAGCGUGAGUCUCGCUCCCGUUCCCGUUCCAAGUCGAAUCGCCGGGACUCCCGCUCACGCGACCGAUCCGCCUCAGCUGACAACAAGUCCCGCUCGCGUUCACGUUCCCGCUCGGCCUCGCCCAAAAACGGAAAUGCCUCGCCGGAUCGCACCAACGAGAGCAUGGACGAUUAGAUUAGUUAGUUCUCCCAAUUAAUUUUAAAGCACUUGAUUUUAGACUUCUACUUUACUACAAACCAUUAAUACACACACCGACACCACCACUGACCCCUGCAGACUUUUCACAAAAAACACACAAAACAACAAAAAAAAAAAAGGAA